CCUCACGGGUCUCUCUCUUUCUCUCUGGUUGCUGCUGCAGAGCUGUGGAAUGCUGUGAAGACUCACUGCCCUGCAGCUGUAGGCAGACUCCUCUCCAGAUUAUCUCCAUCCGAAGGAAGCUCGUAUCCAGGAGAGUUCCCGGUCUUCCACCAUGAACCCUGUUUACAGCCCCGUCCAACCUGGGGCUCCCUACGGAAACCCGAAGAACAUGGCAUAUACAGGUUAUCCAACGGGCUAUCCCACCGCUGCCCCAGCCUACAACCCAAACAUGUAUCCAACCAGCAGCCCCGGCUAUGCCCCAGCUACACUUCUGAUGAAGCAAGCCUGGCCACAGACCUCCUCCUCCUGUGCCACGGAGGGCACCUUCCACCUCCCGGUGGACACCGGGACCGAGAACAGAACUUAUCAGGCUUCUUCUGCAGCAUUCAGGUACACUGCGGGGACUCCUUACAAGGUCCCACCGACCCAGAGUAACAACGCACCUCCUCCCUACUCGCCGUCUCCGAAUCCGUACCAAACCGCUAUGUACCCCAUCAGAAGUGCCUAUCCACAGCAGAACCUGUACACCCAGGGAGCUUAUUAUACCCAGCCAGUGUACGCGGCACAGCCUCACGUUAUCCAUCACACCACCGUGGUUCAGCCCAACAGCAUCCCAUCGGCCAUCUACCCGGCCCCGGUCGCUGCGCCCAGGACCAACGGUGUGGCCAUGGGCAUGGUCGCUGGGACCACCAUGGCAAUGUCAGCAGGAACCUUGUUGACCACCCCACAACACACCGCCAUCGGAGCACAUCCAGUUUCCGUGCCAACGUACAGGGCUCAAGGAACCCCCACCUACAGCUACGUACCUCCACACUGGUAAACCCACUGGCCAAUUCAUAUCCGGAGUCAAACAUUGUAUGCAACUACACAAGUCUUACAUCGGUGCUGUGGCCACUGUACUGCAGCACUUCGUCUGUUUGCAAGAACAAAAGAAAAAAAAAGAAAAAAAAAAAGUGCAAGGGUCACUUUAUGCAUUCUUUAGUGGUUUUUGUAAAAGCUGCUUUUUCUAAUCUUCCGCCUCUUUUUUUUUUUUUUUUUUUUCCUCCUCUCCCCCUUCCUCCUCCCCAACCCACAUAAAUUGUGUAACACACAUACUGACACUGAGCAAUAGUAAAGUUCUCUCUUUGGUCCUAUCAUUUGAAAGCUCAGAAUAUUCACUUUUCCAGCAUUGCCCAGCUGAGUGGUGCAAAGAUCCCCCACUUCUUGUUUGUUUGGGUUCUUUUUGUUAUUUUUCUGUUGUCGUUGUUGUUGACGAGAGCCUAGAUUUUCUUUGGCUAGUAAGAGUGGUUGAUGUUCAGGGUACUAUGUGAAAAGCACAGCGCUGGUAGGCAGGCUUAUCCGAUUUGGUUUGGGGUAUUUUUAGUUGAAUAAUAUAAAUUAUUUAAUCUUCCAUAACAUAUUACAAGAAAAUUGGUGUCUUCCAGAUAGCUGUCGUGAUAGAUUAUAAAUGCAUUAUCUGCAGUGAAAUUCUGAACUCAUCCCUUCUUUUGUAGGAGUAAGAGAAUAUAAAUAUAAUUAGCGAUGUAACACACUUGUCUUAGGAAGUAGGAGGACUGGUCACCAACGGGUCUUUGGUCUGCUUUUUCCAACUGGGCAAACGGGUCUUGCAUGAUGGGAGGAGAGCAGCAGAGGGGUGAAUGCCCUGGUAGCAUCUUGCACCUCUUGGGAAAACGAGCUGCUCCCCAUCAGCUACGUCCUGGGGCUGCGUGAGGGAGAAGGCAGCUCCUUCCUUGCAUGGCUACCGUUUGCAGGCAGGCAUGUGCUGGGCGGCUGUUGAAGGAAGCAAGGAGAUGCCCAAGGGUUGGUCUGAAGAGCUUCUCCAGGUCUGGGGGUUGGUCUGAAGAGUGUCUCCAAGUCCAAUGGUUGGUCUGAAGAGCUUCUCCAGGUCCAGGAGUUGGUCUGAAAAGCUUCUCCAGGUCCAGGGGUUGCUUGGAAGGGCUCCUCCAUAGUCUGAUGGUGUGGGGAAUGAGGGCAACUGGUUGAUGGAGAAUAGUCUUCGAGGCAGGGCAAGGGGGAAGAUGCGUUGCUUCACCUUGCACCUGUGUCGUUAGCAGGGCUGAGACCAAACUGUGAUGGCUCUGUGGCAACUGAGGUGCCCCCCCUGCCCCCACUCUUCGGGUUACAGCUGGGCUUGGAGACUUCCAGGAGAAACGCUCAUCCAAGCACAAAUCCCAGCACCAUAGAGAAAGGUUGGAGAGGGGGGUGAUGUCCGGCUGCUUUGCUUGGUGAGUGGAGAGAAGUGGAAGGAAGAGGAAGCAAUAGCAAUAAACAUGUCACCUUCCUCAUGGGAAGGCGCCUGAGAAAAAGCAAGAGCAGGGGAGGUGACGUGGACCGGCCUGGGAGACAAUGGGCACACAAAGGCUGUGGGCAUUGGGGUAAUUUCUGGGGGUUUUGGCUUACCCAAGGGUGCAAGGACAUGAAGCCAACUGCGGCCAGUGACACCCCCAUCUCGGGGUGUCCCACGUAGAGCAAUAAGUUGUCUUGAGGGCAGCAAAGAGAGAGUUCAUAUUUGCAGACAAUGCUUGUGGCCAGUUUGUUUUUAAAUCCUUAUCACUAAACCCAGCAUAGAAACAAGGUUUUUCUUUUUUUUUUCUUUUUUUUUUUUUUUCCCCUCCGAAGACAAUAAUAUCGUUGGGUUUUGGGUUUUCCCUCAAGCGUGCCAAAAGAGCUCCAAGCACCCAGCAGCUUGUUUGCAACUCUCACAUCUCUUGGGCUCUGAGGUUGUCACAACAGACCAACUCCAGAGCCUUUAAAGAGGUCAGGUUAGGAGAUGUGGAUGGGAAUCCCUCCCGACACCGCCUGGCUUGGGUUUCCGACCCACGCAUGGUGUCAGGUCAGUGCCCAGAUUUCUCUGUUGGUUGCUCUGCUUUGGUUAUGCCCUUGUCACACCUCCAGAUGGAGGUGAGGGCAGUGGAGACCUUGACUGGGACGCAGUGUGGAGGUCAGACUGGGAGGUCUUUCAGAAGAGCAAGGUGACCAGUUGUUGGCACCUGGGUGAGACCUCCUUGCUCUUGGUGGGGUCUCCCAGCUUGGCUUUUGCUGCUGUUGGGAGGAGCUGAUGGAGCUUCUUCCCAUAAGGACCAUCGAAAUGAGGAGAAAUGAAUUUAGGGACCCAAGAGGAUUUUUCCUGUCGCUGGUUGGUUUGUCAGGUUGGGUGUUGGCACCAGCGCUUCUGUAUGGGGGUCAUUUGGUGGGUUCUGCUGGUUUUAAAGGAAAUCUAGCAAAGCUCUGGUUGACCUUCCCAACCUCAAGGAGAACAAAGUGGGUGAAGACUGAACACCAGUGCUGUGGGGUGGGGAAGGUGGAUAUUGCCUGUGUAGUACUUCGGGCUGUGCUUUGCAUUCAUAUAAAAGGAAAAGAGAAGGGAAAAAAAAAAAAAAAGUAAUCAGAGGGUUUCCCCAUUCAGCUUAGCGAAGCCAAGGGUUAUAAGCAUGUAAAGAGCAACAGGACAUUUGGAAAUAAUCCUUCUGCUGUUUGUAGCACGCUACAGUAAACCCGGGCCAAAAAAGAAGAGCCCAAUAGAUGACAGGAAUUGAAGACCUCUCAGAAACCCUUUUUUUGCUCUCAGUGUUGACUUCUUGUUAUGUAUUAGGAGCUGUCUAUCAGUGUUGAAACACGCAGGAUAGCGAUAGCCCUAGCCAACGUACCGGCACUACGGCUUGCAGUGUCCAACGAGCUUCGUUAAAACACGCUGGACUCUGUGGAGAAGGACCUUUCCCAGCAGACACCAUCCUACCACUGGCCUAGGUACCCUUCACCCUUAACUGCUUUAGCAACAACUGCUAAAAUUUUGUCCCAGGGCUACGAAGGAGAUGCUAGGCUUUCUCCUGAAAGAAAACGCUAAUGGUGGAGGAUCACCCAGUGUUACCCCUAAUGAGAUCUGACAUGGGGUGGUUUAGUUUUAAUUCCUUCACUUGGAUCAGUAGCAGAUGUGAGGUUCCUCAUCCCAUUAUGCCCAGGCAGAAAAACUCAUUAAUUCAACUGGGGUGUGAAGAGGUGAAAUAAUUCACCAUCUGUUGGGCGCGAGGCUUUGGUGAGCACAUUUGGCAGCUGGUGUUGGGUUUAGACUUGGACCACUGCAUGGCUCCAGGGCCACUGCAUGGCUCUGGGGCCACCACAUGGCUCCAGGCUUGGUUAGCUCCUUCCCACAGAGGCUUCAUGGGGCUGUGCUGGUGGCAAGAUGCUCCUGGCCACCAUGUGGGGCUUGUUGUGGCCCAGCUCAUGGCAGCAAUGACCUGCAGCCCUGUCCCCUUCCCCAUGGAAGAACAUGGUUUUUUGGGUAGAUGGAAGGAUGGGAGGGAAGCCCAUGAUCCCAAGGCCUUUCCUUGGCCAAGUCAUGGCUUAAGUGAAGGCCCUGGGGAGGUCACAGCCCAGUGAGGGACUCCCUUAGCAGGGGGGGACACUGAUGGAGGCCACCAGCUUCUUGAAUAUUUCACUCCAGCAAAGCUUUGCCGAUGUUGGUUAAGGGUUUCCCACAGUGAAGGAUCACACCAGGCGUUAGCGGGGAAGAGCAGGAGGGGUUAAACCAUGCUUAGCAGCAGGCAGAGUGUCUUGGAGAUUAAAAUUCCAGCUAAAGAGCAAGGAAAAGAAUUCUCAAACCGCUGUUACGACCAUUAACCCAUCCCUGCCGUUAUCUCUGCUUUAAAACAUGAGUUGUAAUGGAAAAGCUUUUUGGGAAAAAAGGCAUAUUAAUAGUGAUAGUAGCCCCCAACCUGAGCAAGCCCUUUGGAGCCUGUACCCAUCACGCCUCCAAGUGGCUGAACCCUCCAGGUGAGGAUUUGCUCCUUUAUUUUACGAAGAAUAAUAACAACCCAGUCCAGCUUUUUGCAGUUUCAAGCUGUAACUACCGUAAAGUGUUAUUUAAGGGGUUUGCUUUCAUGAUGGAUGUUUCAGAGUAUCCUGUUUUUUUCCCCAGUAUCCUGCUGAAUAUGGUCCUUCCUGGAGAGACCUCUGUCUUUGCCAUUGCCUUCCUCCCCUCACGGGGAUUUGGGAUGAUGCAGUCCCCGGCCAGAGGGCGUGAAGUUGGGUCUUGCUUUCUUAGAGGGAGAAAAAAAACCCAAACCACAUUUGGGGGUUUAUUUUUGAUAAGAAAACCCAACCAGCCGACAAUAGCAAUAAGAGCCGAUGGAUACCCAUAAAUCCAGGUUUUUUGAUUUGGGUUGUUUUUUGUUUUUUUUUUUAGUUGUCAAUAUUUUUAGGCCCUCCAUCUAUCACCCCCUGAAAUGUGGCGACCCUCUGCCCAUCUUUGCUUUGCCCUGAGUGCCAGGCUGUGGGCAGGAUCAGGCUCUGGCUAUUUUCUCUGCUGUGUGCUAGCACUCCCAUAGGGAAAAAAGCAAAAUAAAGCCUGUUAAGGGGCUUGGAAGGGAGGAGAGCUUGGAAAAGGCGUUUUUUGUGGUGUGUUGUACCAUGGCACUUAACAGAUUCACCUGUAAUCAGGUAAAACAACCUGUUACAGGGAUGUUUGCAAAGCAGGAAUAGAAAAAUACAUGGUUGAACGGCAGUAAUUCCCAGUUGGAAACACUCAGUUGUGCUGUUUGCAGGGAAAAAAUCUUGAUGCAACGCAGCCACCUGCAGCAUCUCUGUGUCUUGCUGCAAAGGAUGGAGCUGGGGGAGCUGCGUUUUUCCCGGGGCAAAGGGGGUUCAGGAGGAGGGCAUCGGGUGGGGAGCGAUUUGUAGGGUCAGCAGCCAUGGGGAAGCACAGUGAGGAAGGGAAAAUGAGACAGCGGGGUGCGGGGUGGCACCCUAACCCUCCCAUUCCCAUAGCACAGAGCAAACCUACGCCAGCUCCUACCCCUGUUUAUCUGUAAUUAAUUUUUUAAUUCAUUUCAACCGCCAGGCCAGCUUAUUUUUAAAUAUUAUUGGACCUCUUAAGCAAAAAUAAAUCUUAAAAAAAACAAAAAAAAACCAAGAAAAAAAGUUUAAAACCAAGUGUAACCAUGUCUUCCAA